AGAUUUCUGUCCAACAGGGGGUGCAUGACCGAAAAAUGAUUGCUAACUACUGCUUUAAGAGCAUAACAUUCUGCUCAGUUAGCACUCUUUCAGGAAGUGUGUGCCUGCUGAGGUUUGCUGACCUGCUCAGCUGCAGCUCCCACGGUGCGGAUAGUUUGAAGGGACGAUGCAGACAGCAGUUGUGCCAGAGAUCCACAGUCAUGUCUUGGCAGAGUUUGACUGCCUCGACCCGCUUCUCUCCACUCUACGCUUAGACUCUGGCAGGCUCAAGUGCACAUGCUUGGCGGUAUCUAGGAAGUGGCUGGCAUUAGGAACAUCGGCCGGAGGAUUGCAUCUCAUUCAGAGAGAAGGCUGGAAACAAAGACUAAUACUUACUCAUAAGGAAGGUUCUAUUAUCCGGGUGUCGUGUUGUCCACACGAUGAAGACUUUAUCGCUGUUGCAACGAGUCAGGGUCUGGUGGUGGUGUGGGAGCUGCAGCUGGAGCGCCGUGGUCGUCCAGAGAGAGUGAGUGUGUCCGGGGAGCACAGGGGCCAGGCCAUCACCGCACUUUGUUGGGACACCAACGCGCUCAGGGUUUUUGUGGGAGACUCAGCAGGCAAAGUCUCUUACCUUCGUGCAGGAUCCUCUAAGCUGGGAAAGGGUUCAGGAUUUGUUAUCUUUCCUGUUCAAACCGUCACCACAGUCGAUUCCAAAGUAGUUCAGCUUGGCUUCCAGGAGGGUCGACUGCUGGUGUCUUCUCUGAGUCGCUGUUACCUCUGUGAUACAGAGAGGGAGAAGUUUUGGCGUGUUGGCAACAAGGAGCGUGAUGGAGAAUACGGAGCUUGUUUUUUCCCCCAAAACAAGGGGUUGUUGGUGGGCCAGCCCCCUCUGCUGUACUGCGCCCGGCCAGGGUCUCGAAUAUGGGAAGCCAGUUUUAAUGGCGAGGUUCUGAGCACCCAUCAGUUCAAACAGGUGCUGGCCUGCCCCCCUUUACCUCUCAUCACAUUCAGAAAUGAGCCACAAUACAAUCCAGGACAAAAGAGCCCCCAGUCAAUCGCCUUCCCUAAACUACUAUAUUUUGGAGACCAAAACUUGCUGAGCUGGACUGAUUCAGCCAUUUAUAUCUUCACACCUCAUAACGGUCAGGUUCUUCUAUGGACAGAAGUCAAAGAUGUGCUCGAUGUCGCUGUGUACCGCAAUGAGCUCUUCUGCCUCCAUGGUAGCGGCCGUCUGUCCCACCUGUCCCUGUUGUCUGUGGAACGAUGUGUUGAGCGGCUUCUCCGUCGGGAAUCCUGGACUCUCGCAGCUUGUGUCUGCUGUAUGUUCCAGCACACCAUCAGCAUCAGUCGGGCCAGAAAGUCAGUUCCCGUCGACCGCCUGGAACACCUUCGCUCUCAACUCAGUUCCAGCACGCAUCACGAGUUGAUUGGUCAACUUGAAGAUGUGAUCGCUAAGCUUGAACCCCUGGACUCGACCUCCAGCAGCCGAAGAAGCAGCAUCUCUUCACACGAGAGCUUCAAUGUCCUGGACUGUGGUAUCUACCGAGUGAUCAGUCGCAGAGGGAGCCAGUCAGAUGAAGAAACGAGCUCCCUCAUUAAUCAGUCCAUGUCUGAAGAGGAGCGACUCAAGGAAUUCAGCUUUGCACAAGAAGAUGAUCAAGUGGACCAUGAGCCACAGAGCAACGAACGUAUGGAAGCUGAGCGAUCUGAGCAAGGCCUGCAAUUCCAUCUGCCCCUGUCAUUCCGCCCCAAACCCCCUCGCAUUGCACUGCAGGCCGUGAAAGACAGUGUUUCUAGUUUUGUUAAGAAGACCACUGAGAAGAUCAAUACGCUCCAGAUGAACUCCGAGCUCUGGCAGCGACCCGACUUGAGAGAGAGUGCACAGGCUGACAUGUGUGCCACCUCUGCUCCUUUCUCAGAGGAAGCAGAUAUUGAGGUUUAUGUAGAAAUGUCCAAUACAGAGUGCGACUUAGUGGAGCUUCAGUCGGCCACAGAGCAAGCAAUUUCUCAGACCCAAGAUCCGUUGGUACUGCUGGAUCCAGAUUUCCUGGGAGAAACUCUACAAAAGUGGUUGAAGGUGCUAGAGCGAGUCCUCAAGCCCGCUGAACUUCCAGAGUCAGCUGCUGGAGGUCCUGCAGAUGUGGACGCAGCAGGGCAAGACACAGAGGAACACAAACCAGAGGAAUCCUCAGAAGAAACCGCAGUAAGCUCUCCAGAGGAGAAAACUGAGAUUCCAGAGGUGGAGCGUGACAGUCGUCUGACCGUAGAUAGCAAGACUGGUCUAGAACCUGUGCGAGUGGUGUCACCCAAAACUUUACCAUCUGAUCUCCUGGCUCAUCUCACCCAGCUAGCCACACUUUACACAGAAGUGAGCUGUUUCAGAAAGCAGGCAAAACAGCAAGCGUUGAGCUGCACAACCUUCCUGCGCCGCUACUUCUUCCUGCUGGACCAGGAGCGAAUUAGACGCAUGUGUCUGCUCUGUUGCCAGGAGCAGCAGGAGGUGCACGCCUCCUUCAUUGAAGCAAUGCUAGAUGUCACCCAGUCCAGCAAAGUGGCGGAAGUCAUUGAGAGAGGCGAUUUACAAAAAUCACUACGCUAUCUGAGAGAACUGCAGCCCUGGAGUGCCCCCUAUCUCCUAGCUCACUUACACAGAUUGUAUGAAAAGCAAGGGGAGGCGGCCGUACGCUCCUUUUCCCAGUUCUAUCCCACUAUAACGCCUACAGAUGUGAUGAGGAUGGCUCAUAGAAGCCACUUCCUGGCCUACUUGGAUAACUUGGUGCUGUCUCAAGCCGAGGAGCACAAGUUAUCAUUCCUGCAGUCUCUUCUUGACCCAGAAUCACUGCGGCAGGAGUGGCUAGAACUGGCACUUACCCAUGAUGCUCCUCAAAGCUGCGAUACGCUAACACCUGAUGGACAGCCCAGGUGGAACUCCCAUUGCUUCCGUUGGGGUUAUGGACGCCUCCUGUCCCUCCUGAUACGACUUCCUACUGAUUUGUCAUCCAAGCAGAAGAUGGCAGAAACCUGCCGUCGUCAUGGGUACUGGACUGGAUAUCUCUAUCUCUGUUGUGAGAUGCAGCGUCGCUCUGAAGCUUUCGCGACUAUUUGUCAGCUGGAUGACAUCAGCCUGCUGGAGGAACCUGAAGGUGUGCCACCUCAGAACUUGGACGAGUGGAGGCUCCUUAUCCAGUUGGCUCAGGACAGCAGCUGUGCAGUAGACCAGCUCGCUGGUGUCAAUGGAGGCACUUUAUCCAACGGUUCUGCUGACUGCAGCAGAAAAGUCAGCCCGGAGAACCUGACCCUGCGCCUGGCCCGCUCAGUCGGACCGGAGAGAGCCAUGGCUGUCCUGGAGGAGUGUGGAGUACACCUGGUGCUUUCUCCUCAUUCUCAACUGGUGUGUGAGCUGCUCAAGGUUGCUGAGAAGAGGCAGCGAGCCACCAUUCUGACGAUGCUUGAGCGCUGUGAUCGCUUCUUGUGGUCUCAACAUGCUUGACCGCAGCCAUGAAGAUAAUGGCGGCAUAUUACUUUCAAAUAAAGCUGUGCGUUUAUUUUAAUGAAGGUACUCACCCUUAAAAGUAUAAACAGUAUUAACUGCUCAUAUUUUGCACAGUUUUCCUUAUCUCUGAAUGUACAGUUGGUACAGACUGUAUUUGCAAAACAAAUGGUCAAAAAUGUUUAACCAGGUGUUAUUUCA